AUGCUGGGACUGCCCGAAGUAUCCUUUGGUUCCCCUGAUGCCAGCCCUCUUGAGGCAUCACAACCACUAUCAUUGAUAAAAGGACCUGGAGUGGGACCUAUAGCUCGACUAAGUCCGGCCGAUCAGAGCUCCUUUCAGUACUUUAUACAAACAGCGUCAUACUCCAUCACAACCUUUGGUCACGAUGCUCCAAGGGUCCGGGAACUACUGAUCCAGAUAGCCCUUUCUGACUUUUCACCUUCAUCUACAGCAGUUCUAAAAUCUGCUCUAGCACUCGCGUCCUUCCAUCGGGCCAACUCACCGCAAACGACCGCCCAGUACAAAGUAGCCGCUCUGCGAAAACUAGCAGAGUCUACACAAGGUCGCAUCAGCGUUACCGACUCGGCCUGUCACAUAGCAGCUGGCAUGAUACUAAGCACGCUAGAGAUACAGCAAAACUCCAUGAAGUCAAGCCAUUGGCUAUGGUACGCUUGUGGCGCUGCCAAGAUCGUCAAGACAGCUGGGCUAGAUGUGGAUAACCUUGACCAUGACACAGCUGCUCUUGUAGGCUGGGUGCAUUAUUAUAACACUUUGUCCAGGUUCAGUCUGCGCCACUGGCAGCCACAUGUCACGCUUGACGCUGAUGAAGCUGCUGAUUCGUUCCAUCCGGUGGUAUGCGGCAACGGCCAACCUGAAGCGCUCACGGGUGCACCUCAUGAGAUACUAUAUCUUCUGUCAGAAGCUUUCAACGCUGUGACAGUGCCUUCCGACCCGCGUUAUGAAACGAAGGCUCAUAGAGGCCAUCUUGAAAUACUAGAUUGGAAGCUGCGCAACCUUGAGAAAGAAGCUCCGAACAACACCUCUUCUGCUGAUACAACGCAUCCAGCAUUUGAUCUAGUGGUCGAGUUGUACCGCCUAUCUACCCUGAUCUACCUUCGUCGAGCAUCUGCAGGAAUACUUCCACUGGAUACAAAGUUCGCAACAUGGGUCGGUCAGGCAUUUGAGUUGGUUGAACGACUACCUGCCUGUCAAUGGCCAUUUCCUUUACUUAUAUUUGGCUGCGAGGCAGAAAGCGAUAGGCAAAGGAUGAUCAUUCUGGAUGUUAUGGAGAGGACAACUAAGAAAUUGCAGUAUCGAAAUAUUGCGACCGUUAAAAGGGUUAUAGAAACGGUCUGGGUGCAAAAGGACUUGUACACGGAAGAUAUGAAUUAUGUUAGGAAGUUGGGUGUUAUUCUGAGCUCGACUCAUAAUUCUGGCGUCUCCAAUUUAGUGUCAUUGAACUUCAAGAACCUGUUCGAGUUUGUUCGUCAAUUGUCGGCUGACUCAAACAACACCGUCAUUGGAUUCGUCCGCAACAAAAAGGCAACUGAAGAGAAGAUUCAGCGUGAAUUACCUGGACGAUCCAACAUUCACACUGUCCAAGGCGAGAUUCAGAAGCUGGAGGAUGUAAAGAACUUGGUCAAAGAGGUGGCCAAGAUUACAGGCGGUAGCCUUGACUACAUCAUCGCCAACGCUGCCCUUCAAUCCGAAUGGUCAGCCCAUAACCCCAUUGGCGUUCUGGGCGAGGAACCCGAGAGACUUGAAGAAGAUAUGCUCGAGUCCUUCAAGAUCAACACCCUCGGAAACAUUCACCUGUUCAACCUAGCCCUGCCACUUAUCCACAAGGGACAUGCCAAGAAGAUCAUCGCCAUCUCGUCGGGCAUGGCCGACCCAGAUUUCAUCACCAAUUUCUCCAUCACCGAUGGGGCCCCCUACACUAUUAGCAAGGGCGCACUCAAUAUCGCCGUUGCCAAGUUCGAUGCCCAGUAUAGGAAGGAGGGUAUCCUGUUCAUGGCCAUUUCUCCUGGUCUCGUUGCCACCCAGGACACGUCCAAUUACACCGAAGAACAACUUCAGGGAGUUCGGGAUAUGGUAGCUGCUUUCAAAGGCUACGCACCGCAUUGGGAAGGCGCCAUUUCUCCUGAGGAGUCUGCCACUGCUGUCCUUUCUGUCAUAAACAAGGCCAGCAUCGAGGCUGGUAAUGGAGGUUCCUUCGUUUCGCACUAUGGGAAUAAGCAGUGGCUGUAA